AUGUCAUCCUCCAUCAACCACCACACGCCUGUGAAGCAGGCCAUCGACGCUGUGCAAGCCACUCAUCCUCCCUCGGGACAGAGAGGGUACCCCUUCUCGCUGCCUCAGCGCAACCUGCUCGUCAUCGUGCUGGGCGAGUUUUGCGGAACAUUCAUGUUCCUUCUCCUAUCCUUCCUCGGCGCGCAGACCGCCAUCGUCACCAACAACCCCGACGAUCCCUCCGCCACGCUCUCCCCUAGUAGUUUGCUGUACAUUGCUGCAGCUUUCGGCACAGCCAUCACCGCCAAUGUCUGGAUCUUCUAUCGCGUCAGCGGCGGCAUGUUCAAUCCUGCGGUCACCCUCGGUCUCGUUCUCGUUGGAGCUGUCAAGCCGCUCCGAGCUCUUUGCAUUGUGCCCAGCCAGCUUAUCGCCAGUAUCGCCGCCGCCGCCGUGGUAUACGGAGUCCUGCCUGGACCGCUCCGCGUCGCCAACACCCUCGGUGGCGGCGCCACCGUCCCCCAGGGCUUCUUUAUCGAGAUGCUCUUGACCGCGCAGCUCGUAUUGACGGUCUACUUCCUCGCCGUCGAGAAGCAUCGUGCCACAUUCCUUGCCCCCAUCGGAGUCGGUAUCUCGGUCUUCAUCGCUCACAUCACGGCCACGAACUGGACUGGCACUUCAAUCAAUCCCGCCCGCUCAUUUGGGCCCGCUGUCAUCAUCGGCUUCGUCAACUACCACUGGAUCUACUGGAUCGGCCCUUUCGCAGGUGCUCUCUUGUCCUUCCUGGUGUAUGCCCUGUUCAAGUGGCUCGAGUACCAGACUGCCAACCCCGGACAGGACGACGACAUGGAGAAGGCUCUUCACCCAGCUCUUCCUGUCAACUCUGCGCACAGCGGCGGUACCGAACUUGUUUCCGAGCACGCCACUAAGGCCUAA